UGACAUCCGAAUAGCAUUGGUUUAAUGGGACCCGGGUGCGAAUGGCGGCGCUGCGUGUCCGGGUCCAUUUUGACUAAAUGCCAUUGGGAUGUCAUUUGUUUUAAUUUAUUUUAGUUAAACUGAAGAAGUAAGUUUACAAAAAUAUAGUCCAUUCAAUUAUCUUUCAUUUGAUACCAAAUUUUGUCUGAGAAACCCUACAAUAAUUUUUAAAUAUUUUUUUAAUAAUCCAAUUCUCUCACUUCUCUGACCCGGGUCCGAAUAGCAGCUGUAUAUAAUUUUACGGAUUUUCCCACUAUUAUCUUUAAGAAAAAGAUGGCUGUAUCACUGUAUCCAACUUUGGGAUGUAUAAACCUAAAUACUUGUUGCAGUUCACAACAUUUUGCGGAAACAGUAGUUCAAAUGAUAUAUAUGGCACAGCAAGGUACGUUGAAAUUUCGUUUCUGAUUUACUUUUUUAGAAUUUAUUUGUCUGUACAGUCACACCUAAACAUUCUAGCAGUGUAAGAAACAUCAAAGUUACUUUGAGAAGUUAUAAUACUAAAAUGUGUCAAAUCUGAAUUUUAAAAUACAUAUUUCUAGUAUUUCUACACGAUUCGCAAAGAAACUGGUCUAGCUUUCUUUAUUUCUUUUUUUUUCCUUUUUUUUUUUGAACACUCAUUAAAGAAGAAUUCAAGUAAGCAUCCUGUAUAAAGAUACAAUUCAAAUUUUAUUGAAGAGAAAUGAUUGUAAGCGACAUAUUUUAGAGUUUCCUUUGCACUUCUUUUAACAACACCUCCACGUAUUUUUAUGUUGUUUUUUUUUUUUUUUUGUUCUUAAAAAAAAAAAAAAAUUAUUUGGAUAAAUCGUGCGUUAAAUAAUUACAACAAAUCACCCGGAGAAUAUGUGAAGCAGGUUAAAUAAAAGUGAUGUCAUUUUUAGAGUCAGUUAAAACCACAAAAGGGAUGUUAUCAAUAGAAAUGCACUGAUCGAAUUAAAUUUUCACAAAAUCUGCGAUAAAAGAAGCUAUUAAAAUUUUAUUCACUUUUCGUUUGAUCAACAGCGUAUUCCAGUCAUACCAUCAUUAAAUUAUUAAAAUACAUUAUAAAAUAUAAAAAUUACAUUAAAUAAAUCAAUCAAUAUAUAUAUAUAUAUAUAUAUAUAUAUAUAUAUAUAUAUAUAUAUAUAUAUAUAUAUAUAUAAACAUUGUUGUGGUAUAAAUAAUAUUUCCUAUACAGGACCGAACAUUUAAAUGUAUAAAUAUGUAUAUAAUGCUGUGAUGGCACAAAGAUCAUGUGUUCUUGAAUGUUAAUUAUAAUUAGACGUUGUAUGUCUGCCUCACAAUAUUUUUUUCUUUUCUUGUUUUUUUUUAAAUUUCUUAGAACAUGGAAUGUUCUGACAGCUCCGACGAUGAUUCCAGACUCCCUAAUGGCCAUACUUUAAACUUUGGAGGCGGCGCCGCAACAUACCAACAGGCAACUCUUGCGAAUCGAGAUGCUCUUGGUAGUAUGAUAAGUUGAUAACGCAUGUUUAAAAAAAAAUUAUUGAAUGAUUUCAUCUUGUAUAUAUGUAAGUGAGUGGUGACGUGAAUGUGUGAGUAAGGGAUGACGAGUAGGAGUUGUUGUAAAUGUAAUCACCCCCCCCCCCCCGUGCGUGAAAUUGUGUCGGUGUGUAAGAAAAUGUGUAUAGUGCAUGAUGCUCGUCAAAAACAGUUGCACUGGAAAGAUCCUGAACAUCAAAUGGCCAAUCACCAUCAACAACAAAGACUUACUGGAAAGGACAUACCCGGAGCCUAUUACUGAAAACAUAAAGAAAAGAUGGAGUUGGGUAGGGCACACUCUCUGCACAUACACAAGUAACAUCAUCAGGCUAUAGCUAACAUGGAAUCCACAGGGAAGAAGAAAGAGAGGAAUCCCUAAGAAUACGUGGAGACGCGAGCUAGAGUCAGACACUCAAAGUAUAGGAUACACAUGGAAGCAACUGGAAAGGAAAGCACAGGAUUGAGAUGAAAUGAAAAUUCUUGUAGACGGCCUAUUCCCCACACGGCAUGUGCCCAAGAUGGCCGAUGCCCCAGAUGGCCGAUGCCCCAGAUGGCCGAUGCCCCAGAUGGCCGAUGCCCCAGAUGGCCGAUGCCCCAGAUGGCCGAUGCCCCAGAUGGCCGAUGCCCCAGACGGGUUGAAAGGCAUACAUAAGUAAGUAAGAGUCGAAAUAAGAAAGCGAGUGACUGAAACUGGCAUUAUGAAGAUGAGAAAUCACUUUUCUGUAAUUACACUAUAGAUUACACUAUAGAUUACACUAUAGAUUACACUAUAGAUUACACUAUAGAUUACACUAUAGAUUACAUUAUAGAUUACACUAUAGAUUACACUAUAGAUUACACUAUAGAUUACACUAUAGAUUACACUAUAGAUUACACUAUAGAUUACACUAUAGAUUACACUAUAGAUUACACUAUAGAUUACACUAUAGAUUACACUAUAGAUUACACUAUAGAUUACACUAUAGAUUACACUAUAGAUUACACUAUUAUAAUAAAUAAAUUUGCACAAUUGUGUUUUACUAAUUUUUUCAUUGUUUCCAAUCGAUGAAAGUCAUAUAAAAUAUAAACAAGGCUAUUUAUUCUUUACGACAGUUUCGAAUAUUUCUUGAUUUUAAUUUUAAUCAUAUUUUUCGCAUUAUACGUCUUAAUCUUCAUUUUAAUAAUUACACCUUCAAGAACCCCUUAAAAAAAGAUUUUCUAUAAGUCCUUAAUAUUAAUUUUUAAAAUUAUUAUAGUUUAUAUUAAUAUUCUAAUGUCCCAUUUGCUUGUACACCGCAGAUUUAUUUCACCAACUAUGUCAGAAAAACACAAGAAAAUGUUAUGCAACAAACGCACUUGCGAUACAUUUAAAAAAAAAUUAUCUCAUUUAGCGCAGUUGUCGGGAAUUUUAUUUCGUUUAAUAAGUGUCAUCAUUUGUCCUUUAUCUUUCCCUUGAAAAACAGGGAAAACUGAUUUUCGGGGGUAGAAGAGUGGGGCUGAAAUUUCGUUAGAAUGUGUUGUCAAGUUUCAGUUAGAUGUGUUGACGGGAAGCGAAUUUACAAGGUAUUUAAAAAUUAAAUAAGUUUAAAUUCAAAUUUCAGGCAUGGUCUCAGGAACAUCAGUUGACAGCGCUGCCCCGUUGGUCUCAAGAACACCAGUUGACAGUGCUGCCCCGUUGGUCUCAAGAACAUCAGUUGAGAGUGCUGCCCCACUCACUGGUCCCAGUGCUAUGUUCGAGGGCGCGGUAGUCGCAGCGCAGUCAUUUGAUUGGUCGAGCGACUCGAAACGGCGGGAGACUUUCAGAGCAUGGCAGAUCAGCGACACGGAGAAAGAAAAAUUCGUCCGUGCUGGAUUUUAUUACACAGGUAGGACUGCAUCAAAAUAAGUUUUAGUCAAUGCUAAGAGCAAAACCUGAGCGUGUAGCGUGUUUCUGGGCCGGCGCUAGGAUGGUGCGGGGCCUUGGGCAAAUUGAAUUUUGCAGGGCCGUUGACGUUAUAUAUUCCGCCGAUAGGAUAUUAAGACACGUUAAAGUCGUACUGGGGCCUUGCUGGUCAUAAUGGGACGCGUCAUAACGGAUAUUUGUUCACUCGCUUAGUUUCCGAAUAUUGUGUUGACUGGAUUAGGAACUGUGCAACCGGGCAAACAAGACCCUGGGGUUCCUAAGGCGCAAUCUGAAGAUCGGCAACUCAAGUGUGAAAGAAAAAGCCUAUAAAGCCUUUGUCCGACCUAUUUUAGAGUAUGCUUCUACAGUCUGGGACCCAUUUACCCAGAAAAGCAUAGACAUGUUGGAGGCGGUCCAGCGACGGGCAGCACGCUUUGUCAUGAACCGCUACAGAAGCACCUCGAGUGUUGGCAGCAUGCUGGAAACACUGGGCUGGUCGACAUUGGAAGAACGACGACGACUAUCCAGGCUCACCAUGUUGUACAAGAUAACAAAUGGACUGGUGCACUGCUCCGGAAUCAAACAGAAACUCGUUAAUCUUCCCCCCAGACUGCGACGAAGUCACGACAAACAGUUCCGGCUGGUAAAAACAAGAACGAAGUACAGAAGCUCCUCAUUCCUGCCGAAGACAAUAGGGGACUGGAACAAGCUUCCAAAAGCAACAGUUGAGGCGGCUACACUCGAUACAUUUGUGUCUAUUGCCUCCUGUAUUCCAACCCCCAGUUCAUAACACCACUGCUGAGUCGCCCUUGCAACCAGUGAAGUAUCCCAUUGAAACCCAUGGACAGUAACAUCGCAAACCUCUCUGAAACAUAGGAGCCAGAAUGAUCAAUUCAUUGAUCGUGGGCCCUUAAAAUAAAGAAGAAGAAGAAGAAGAAUUGUUAGUAGGCUUAGGGAAAUUAUAUAUAUACUAAGGCGACGCGAGGGGUCCUGCAAACGCGGGGCCUUGGGCGGGAGCCCACUUCGCCAUCCCCUAACGCCGGCCCUGUGUGUUUGUUGUUGAUAUAGGGUGCGUUUGUUGUGAAUGUGUUUUCGUUAUUGGGAGAUCUUCAUUGGUUGUUAUAAAAGUGUUUCUGAUUAUAAAUUGGAUGAUAAAUGAGCUAGUAUAUGUAAUAAGAGUAAUUAAUAUACAAGGAUUAGCUGCAACUAAUCACAGUGCAUCCUUGAAAAAAGAGAGAGAAACAGAGAUAGACAGGGUGAGAGAGAUAGAGAGAGAGAGAGAGACAGAGCCAGGCUGUAAGUUUUGUUUACAGUGAGAUAUAAUGACUAUAUUAGGACCAUAAAAUGACUAUACAUGUUGCAAGGCUUUAUAAAUGGUAAAAUUGUCUUCAAGUCAAUGUGUUACAGGGACAAAAGUGAUAGGCGAUAUCAAUGUUUCCCAACGUGGGACGCGCAGCACGCAAUGCUGGGAUUUGGGGGGGGGGGAAUUUAUAUUCGGAAAUAGGCCAUAUGUGUACCUUCUAAAAUUUUGGAAAAAAAAAAGGGAAGUGGGGGCAAUGUAAAAAAAAACGCACACACUUUAAAAUAUAAAAAUUUAAAAUCUGUUAUUGUCAGUCAUUUAUUUGCAAUAAAUGGUAAUAUUGGUUUCAAGUCAAGGGGUUACAGGGAAAAAAGGGAAAGGCGAUAUAAAGGUUUCCCAACGGGGGGCGGGCAGCACGCAUUGCGGGGAUUUGGGGGGGGGGGAAUUUAUAUUCGGAAAUAGGCCAUAUGUGUACCUUCUAAAAUUUUGGAAAAAAAAAAGGGAAGUGGGGGCAAUGUAAAAAAAAAACGCACACACUUUAAAAUAUAAAAAUUUAAAAUCUGUUAUUGUCAGUCAUUUAUUUGCAAUGCCACUUUGUUCCUGUGACAGGGGCCGGGGACCGAGUCAAGUGCUUCAAAUGCUCGGGUGAGUUGGAGCACUGGAAACCAGGAGACGACCCGAUCAAAGAGCAUGGGGAAAAGUUUCCCAACUGCACCCUGUAUCGAGAGGAGACAAGCGCACGACGCCCGAGCGUCAUAGCGACCAACUGCACCGGGUUUAACUCCGGACGCCACUGAAGUCAUUCCAGAUACAACGUGUGACGUCAAGAGAAAAACAGAUACAUGAUUCGCUGUUCCCGUUUUUUAAUAGUGCCAACCGUAAUGGAAUAUUAGACAUUGCAGUUACUGGUAUAUUAUUGUCUGCGAUUAAUACACCGGAUAGAAUUUUAUUAGGAAAAAAAUAUAGAGAUUUGGUACGUUGACUCUAAUCUGCAUAAAUCAAAUUCACAAUUUCACACAGUCGCAAUUAUCUACACCUUUUUUGGGGUUUCUAAUUGUUCUUCCACCAAUUUCCUUUCUGUUCUUCUGCUCUUUCUUUUCAUCAGGCCAUUGUGUCUGUUCUUAUUCUUGUCUUUUCUUUCAUUUUUUAGGUCUAGAUAGGAUAUAUUUUUAUAAAAUUUACAUUAUAAUAAUAUUAAUUUAGUUAUUGAUUGGCUAACUUUCCUAGUUGCCAUAAAUGAGAGUAAAAGAUAAUUUAAAUGAGAGGUAUAAAAUAUUAUAAAUGAGGGGUAUAAGAUAUUGCAAAUGGGGUGUAUAAGAUACUAUAAACCGGAGGUGAACGAUAAUAUAAAUGAGAGUAUAAUAAGCUACAUAAAAGAUGCAAAAGAUAAUAUCAAUAAAAGGUAGAAGAUACUUUCAAUGAGAGAAAUAAGAUAACAUAAAUGAGAGGUAUAUCAUAUUAUAUUGCAUCCUUCCAUGUUCGCGAGACGAUUGAAUAUCUAUAUACAUUUCAACGAAUGGCUCUCUAGGCAAACCUUGGAAUGGAAAUCUCGGCUGCAUUUCUCGCAGGAGAAUAUUGACUCCUGGUUAUAGAUUAGGCAUUCCGUAUUAUUCUUAUUGUUGCAAGAGGUUCGUUUCACGCAUAUUCUGCCUUUUUGACUCCUUCUUACACAGUUGUUCGCCAGCUGGAAUGUUUUUCAGCUAUGAUCUCUCAAUCGUUUAUUUCAUUGUUGGCUUCCCUCAUGCGCCUUUUGCAAACAUUCAUAAAUGUCAGGCGUGGCCAUCCAAAAGGUCUUGUCCUUUCUGCCACCUCUCCAUACAGCAGUUUCUUCCAAAUACGGCCUUCCUCCAUUCUCCUUGCAUGGCCUAACCAGCGAAGCCGCCUCUGGCUAAGAGCGGAGAAUAUGCUACACAUUAUUGCAUGUUCCAAGAUCUCAGUGAUUAAGAUACUAUAAACGGGAGAUAUAAUAUACUAUAAAUAAAAGGUAUGGGAUAUUGCCAAUGUGUUAGGAUUGUAUGAGUCUGUUUUGUGGGACGGCCCAUUUGCUAUAAAUGAGAAUGGAGAGUUACUGCGCCUGAAUGUUAAUCGGACUAUAAGCAUAAGGAUACUAUAAAGAGAAGGGAUACUCAAUGGGGCAGUAGUGGGCUGGUGGUCAGUAGUGCAAAGGGUGGAGGGAAGCCAAUUUCAGUCAGACGCUGAAUGUAUCAGUGCCACUGAUAGUUUGUGCUAGCAGUGUUGCCGGAGAACCCGUUAGUAUAUUUGGUUCUUUGGCUAACUUUGUUAGUGGAAACCACCUUUACUAAUGAAUGAAUGUGUGUUAUAUGAAAAGUUUUAAGUGUUAUUGAAUAAAAAAAGUGAUUUAUAAUU